GCAGGGGCAGCCUUCCACCACGGAGAGCCCAGCUGUCGGCUGCCUGUUGGGAAGAUGCUGUGUCGCUGGGCCAGCGCAGGUGUGGGCGUGCGUGUGCGUUUGGCCACAGCCCUGGCAGCGCUGUGGUUCUGCGUCACAGGCGCCCUGGAGGUCCAGGUCCCCGAAGACCCUGUGGUGGCCCUGGUGGGCAGCGAUGCCACCCUGCGCUGCUCCUUCUCGCCCGAGCCCGGCUUCAGGGCGCAGCUCAACCUCAUCUGGCAGCUGACGGACACCAAACAGCUGGUGCACAGCUUCGCCGAGGGCCGGGACCAGGGCAGCGCCUACGCCAACCGCACGGCGCUCUUCCCGGACCUGCUGGCCCAGGGCAACGCGUCCCUGAGGCUGCAGCGCGUGCGCGUGGCGGAUGAGGGCAGCUUCACCUGCUUUGUGAGCAUCCGGGACUUCGGCAGCGCCGCGGUCAGCCUGCAGGUGGCGGCGCCCUACUCGAAGCCCCGCAUGACGCUGGAGCCCAACAAGGACCUGCGGCCUGGGGACACGGUGACCAUCACGUGCUCCAGCUACCGGGGCUAUCCGGAGGCCGAGGUGUUCUGGCAGGACGGGCAGGGCGCACCCUUGACGGGCAACGUGACCACGUCGCAGAUGGCCAACGAGCAGGGCUUGUUCGACGUGCGCAGCGUGCUGAGGGUGGUGCUGGGCACUAACGGCACCUACAGCUGCCUGGUGCGUAACCCGGUGCUGCAGCAGGACGCUCAGGGCUCCGUCACCAUCACGCCCCAUAGAAGCCCCACAGGCGCCGUGGAGGUCCAGGUCCCCGAAGACCCUGUGGUGGCCCUGGUGGGCAGCGAUGCCACCCUGCGCUGCUCCUUCUCGCCCGAGCCCGGCUUCAGCCUGGCGCAGCUCAACCUCAUCUGGCAGCUGACGGACACCAAACAGCUGGUGCACAGCUUCGCCGAGGGCCGGGACCAGGGCAGCGCCUACGCCAACCGCACGGCGCUCUUCCCGGACCUGCUGGCCCAGGGCAACGCGUCCCUGAGGCUGCAGCGCGUGCGCGUGGCGGAUGAGGGCAGCUUCACCUGCUUUGUGAGCAUCCGGGACUUCGGCAGCGCCGCGGUCAGCCUGCAGGUGGCGGCGCCCUACUCGAAGCCCAGCAUGACCCUGGAGCCCAACAAGGACCUGCGGCCUGGGGACACGGUGACCAUCACGUGCUCCAGCUACCGGGGCUAUCCGGAGGCCGAGGUGUUCUGGCAGGACGGCCAGGGCGCACCCUUGACGGGCAACGUGACCACGUCGCAGAUGGCCAACGAGCAGGGCUUGUUCGACGUGCGCAGCGUGCUGAGGGUGGUGCUGGGCGCUAACGGCACCUACAGCUGCCUGGUGCGUAACCCGGUGCUGCAGCAGGACGCUCAGGGCUCCGUCACCAUCACAGGGCAGCCCAUGACCUUCCCCCCUGAGGCCCUGUGGGUGACCGUGGGGCUCUCUGUCUGUCUUGUCACCCUGCUGGUGGCCCUGGCCUUCGUGUGCUGGAGAAAGAUCAAGCAGAGCUGUGAGGAGGAGAAUGCAGCUGCUGAGGACCAGGAUGUGGAUGGAGAGGGAUCCAAGACCGCGCUGCGGCCUCUGAAACACUCUGAAAGCAAAGAAGAUGAUGGACAAGAAAUAGUCUGACCAUGAGGACCAGGGAGCUGCUGCUCCGGCCUGGGGGCUCCGGCCUCUGGCUGCACUGGGGCCAUGGUGUGAACCCUGCCCCCAACAGAUGGCUCCCACCCUGGCGGGGCUGCUCAUUCUCCAGAGGACAGAGACACCACCCCGCAGCCUUCUUCCUCCGAUGGACGUGAUUCCCAAGUCAUCCUGCUGCCUUAUUUCUCCAGUGACACGAUACAUAAACUACCCUGCUGUCUUAUUUCUUAUGGACCUAACACCGUCACCAGCCCACCACCUUAGUUCUCCAGUGGAUAUGCUGCAUGGACCACCUGGCUGCCUCUUUUUCUGCAAAGGACACAAUAUUCAGACUGAUGCUCUGCCUUGUUUCUCCAAAGACAGGAUACACAGUCACCCCUGGCCUUCUAUCUCCAGUGGCCCGGACACACCAGUUUACAUUUCUCAGCCUUUUCUUCUACCCCCGCACCCCGUAAGCCUGACUCCUCAGACAGGGACACUGCACCUUCAGCAUCUCCCCGAGUCACAGGCGUCUCCCCUCCCGCCUCCCCCUCCUCUGGCCCCAGCGCUGGCCUUUUCCCUCCCUCCCUAAGUGACGACGGGGCCACUCCCCCAGGCACGCAGAGGCACACAGGUGCGUGUGCUGGAACACGUGCUGGGACACGUAGGGACCUCCCUGAGCCCAGUCUCUCCCAUGGUGCCCUGGGCUGUGCCCUGGGAGCUCCCUCCCCAUGGGAAGCAUGUGCUGGUCACACUGGGUCUCUGGGUGUUUGCGUGGGUCCCCUGGGGGUCAGCCUCUAGCCCUCUGCUUUUCCGCCUGUCCUUUUGUUCAUUCUAGUCACGUUCAUCGAGCAUCCAUGGGGUGUCCCCACUGCCUUAGGUACCUGGGACCCAGGGUGAGAAGACAGGCUCCUCCUUCAAGGAGUUCGUCCUUCAACUGGGGAACUGUGAGGAGACAGACAACUGCCCGCUAUGGCCUGCGGCUCACAAGGGGGCUCCUGCCCCACUCCCUGCAUACCCCCUCCUGUGCCCACAGCCUCCUGGAUACCUCACACCCACCCCAUCCCUAAUCCCUCCCCAGAGCAGGAGGAGGAGGCAAAAACCUGGAGACGGGGGCAGAGCCUCUUGCUACAGGCAGAGAAUCCGAUGGUUUCCAAAGUCUUUCCAGGUGUGAGCAGGUGGGCAGGCGGCCACAGCACCCUGAACCCCGGAGAGCAGAAGCCUAGGGGAGGCCUGGGGACAGGGCAGGGCCAGGAGGGCCGCAGGGACACAGCCCCUCACCCCCCACCAUGGUGCUAUUCUGGAGCCAGGAGGUCCUCCUGGCUUGUCUCUCGCUGGCCCCCAGCCUCCAGAACACUUCUGAUGUCCUCCCGCUGACAUUUCGUCCUUCCCCCGGGAACAGAAGAGGUGGCAUGUCUAAUUUAAAUGUGGGACUCUGAGGAAUUCUGUUAAGUGGGGGUGUAUUUUGGGAAAAAUAAAUGGCUUUGUAGAAAGCUUUUCCUCCGAGAAGUGUGUGGAAGCAGGUUGGGCAGCGGGACUUGGCAGAAGGGAUCCCCUCCCGGACAUUGAGGCCAGAGCGGGGAUGCCUGCGUCUCCUCCCUCUCGCCGUCCUUCAAUCCCUGGGUCUCUGUGGCCAUGCUGCCCCUCCCUGGCCGCAGUUUCCCUCUUGGGAAAGUGAAGUUGGCUGUCCAGAAACGCUUGGUGCCUCCCACUCCUGGAAGUGCCGCCUAAUUUCUUUAUCUUGGAAGACUCAGAUCCGGGGCUUGUUUAGGGCCACCUCUAGCGCCCCAUUUUACAGAUGGGGAAGAAGAGCCCUAUUAGGAAGCUGAAGCUGAUACCAGGGAAGGAUCUCUGCAUGCUGUUGUUGUCUGGCCCCGUGGAAUGGGCACCAGCCUUGAAUCAGAGAUCCAGGUCCGGGACCUCAUUCUGCCCUGUGACCCUGAGCAAGACAUCUAGCUUCUCUGGACCUUACUUUUCUUAUAUGAGAAACAGACCUGAGGUUUUCACCAUCUUCCACCUCCAGAGACUGGGCAGAGGGGGUGAAUGUGGCAGAUAAACAGGUUUCCAGAGGGCUGGGUUCAGGGAUGUGGGAUCGUGCAGGGCAUACUGUGACCAUUUGCCCCUGGGCGACAAGGCCCUGGGGCAGCAGGAGGGGCCUGCGGUAGAGGUCAGGACACUUGACUUUUGUUCCCAUCUCCACUACUAGCUUGUGACAGAGUCUUUCACACCCCUGACCCUUGAUUUCCUUAUCCAUUAAGUAGGGCGUGGAGUCCUCCCCUGAAAUGUAUGCAGCAUUUUUCACAAACCAGAGCGCCUAUUGUAAAAGCCCAUGGCCCUCGCAGUGAGACCAGUCAGCUUGCUUGAAGUCCCACCACGGGUGCUCUGGGUGGAUUUUAGAAUCAAAAGACCUGUACCGGGGCUCUGCCUUUGCCCUGUACUCCCCCCUGCACCCUUGAGCAUGUUGCUUACCACCCCCGGGCUGAACUCUACCUGCCAGGUGGGGACGACGGUGGUUCAUGUUUCAUAGGAUCUCUCUGAAGCUUGGGCAAGACUGUGGGUGAGCAGACGCUGCAAAUUAUCAAGUGCUGGGUGCAUGUGGGGGGUUAUUUUCCUUCCCUGCUGUCGCGGUUGCACUCUCUUACUCCCUAGGUGACUUUGUAAAUGGAGCGCAGUGACCUCAGUUUGCCCAUCUGUAAAAGAGGCAUGGGAACCACUGCUUUUUCUUCCUGAUGGGGCCAGGAUAAGCCUCAGACACUGGAUGGAAUGCUUGCAGGGGGACCCAGCAGGUGAGGGGACUUUCCUGGGGGCUGGGGGGUGAGGAAGGUGGCCGCUAAGUCCCCUGUGAUAAGUGCCCCAGAGAGCAGUAUUUUUAGCUGCCUUUCCUGGGCAAAACUCCAACUUCUGCAUUUUAAUGGAGAAAUAAUUCUCACAGUGCGACAAGCUAUAGCCUGCAGGUGUCACAUCCAUAUUAAAGAGGGGACAGCGCAAGGGUUCAUUUGCCUGGCUUGAGGUGUGACCGGAAUUCACCUCCAGGAGCACUUGUAACCAGGGCUGUGAAGACCAAUUAGUGGAUCUGAUCGCUCAGAGAGAGGAGCCUGGGUGGGGGGGUGAAGACAGCAGGGCUGGGGGGCCCCGAGCCAUCCUGACUGUCCUCUUUCAGAGCAAUCCACCUCUGCUCACGCACAGGCAGGAACUGUGCCUUCCCCAGGUCUGUUCGGGGGUGGUGGUGGGGGUUGGGGAGGCACUUGACCUUGCUCGUCCCAGGGGCAGUUGCUGAGUGUGUGGGCCAGUCAGCAGAGACCCUGGCAGCUUCUGAGGUGGGCAAUGUCCAAAGGUCCUUCUGCAAAGCCCAAGUCUUAAACUGAAAUGUGAAGCCAAGGUUUGCCCCAAGUAGCAAAAUCUCGGGCCUUCAAGCGCAGGGCGCUCGGGGAGAGGCAGGAGCCGAGCACAGCGUGCAGUAAUGCAUGGGAAGCCUGCAAAUGCAAACAAUAUUGUGUUAAACUAAUAAGCAAACACAAACAAAACACCACAGGCCCAAAAUGGCAUCGCUUAGGCCAAGUCCCUACACUGGGGCUUAAUAUAUAACCUGAUUGCACUUUUGAUAUCCCCCCGAAAUAUCGUCUUAGUAGGGAUUUUCUUAGUAGGAUUGCCAGUGAAUCUACCAUGGGGGCCUUCUCUGUCCCCCAAAGGAAGAUGAGGCAAUCUGCCUGGUAAGACCCCUGGCUUGUCCUGUUGCUUUGGCCUGCCUAGGGAAAAAGGCCUUGACUGGAACAAUCCUUUUGUCAAAAACUUUCUCGCCCCACCCUCCAAUAAGAACCUUCCGUUUUGUAAGACUCCUGGGAGCUUCCCUCUACCUUCUUGGUGGCCUGAAUCGUUUAAUAAAGCCAAUCAGAUUUA